UUGAGCCCACCAACCCUAUCGAACAGAGUACAGUCUGUACACAACGACUCCAUUGUGACCUACCCCUCACAGCGCCUCUCUCCCCUUUCCUCCACCUCCGCCGCCGGCCUACAUUCCGGCAAACUCAGGUCACUACCCGUCCUGCCGACCAUCUCCCCGGAAUCCCCUUACCCCUCUCUCCCUCAAACCUCGUGGAACCACAAAGCCGCACCUCCAGUAGAAACCCUAGCGCAAGAUCCCGCCUGUUCACAGCGGAGCAGGACGGUCCAUGGCGACUGCGUCUCCGGCUGCGGGAGGUGGUGACCAUGCUCGGCGACCGGAUUCACUGCGCGGGGCUAAAAGCCCCGGCCUUCACCGACGCCGAUGUUCCCUGACCCCAGGACCGCCGACAACCGCGCGCGGGCGCCACGGAUGGCCCGAGCUACGACCUACCCUCACCGCGUUCAUCAUCGGGCUGCCUCCACUGUACGACAGCACCCAUGCCCAAGACAACAAAGAAGAUUGUGUUGAAGCUUCAGUAUCAGAGCUGCAAUCACUACUCUCAGCACGCGAUGAAGAGGUACAAGCACUUUGAGAUCGGUGGAGACAAGAAGGGCAAGGGAACCCUCUCUCUUCUAAUUUGAUGAAAUUCAUGUUGCCCAACUCCCAAAUUGUCUGCCAAAAGUUACCAUUAAAAAUGUUUUUAUUUUAUUUCUCUAGUGAGAUGCAUCUUCUGGAAUACCUUAUGCUUUGCAUUUGUACCAACUUGUUCUUUGUUAUCUUCUCCAUACAUAAGCUGAUCGGUUAAUGCCAUCUGUUCUGAAUUGAAGUGACUAACAGGGUUUCUGUUGAUACAGCGUUCUCUUAGCGGCCUAGUGGUUAAGCAGCAGUAGAAGCAACGUUGUAUUCUAUCAGUGUUAUUCGUUUCAGUACUAGCUUUCUAAUUGUAAUACCAGCUGGCCAUAUUACUAAAUACUAAAUGCAAUUUUUAUAACUUGGCAUUUCUACUAUUGAAACUGGAGACCUUAGCAUGGCCACCUCUUAGUUUUGGCGCAUCGUUGCUAUGAACAUAAGAUUUUAUGUGGUCCUCAUACAUGUUACUAAGUACUUGCUGUUUAGUUAGUAAUUCAUAGGGUACAUCUGAAUAGCUGUGUGCACCAUCUGCCCACUUCUCUGUUGCUCUUGUCGUGAUGCAUAUUGUAAUAAUGUGUUAUGCACACUACAGUAGCGGAAACCUUGCUUUUAAGUUAAUCCAGCAGUGAAAAUUGUGGUCAUUUCUAAAGAGAUGUGUAUUGGUUGCGGUAUUUGCAUUAAGGUAUGCCUGUAACUUUAUACGGCUAUUCAGAUGUAUAAUUUAACUAAGUGUUCUCGCUUCUGUAAUCGUUGUUGCAGAAAUUUGGAAAAAGAUACUACCCAUCGCUAUGGACCAAAUACCUUUAAUUUGCACAUGUACCUUUUCUACAAUCAGAGAGCUUAUGAAACCCAAUAGAAGAUGGCCUAGUUUGUCUAAACUUGUACUAUUUUAUCUGUAUGUUUGAUAAACUGGCUUGAAGCCAUCCGUGUUGAAGUACUAAUCAACACUUGCAAGGUGCCUGUUCCAAGACCUGAUCAAGUUUUGUCCUUUGUUGGAACCAACGGAAUUGGGAAGUUAGCUGCACUUAGUGUUGGCUUGAUUUUUACUAAUGGACCUGAUCAUGCAACUUGUUGACUUGUUUCUUAUGAGAGGGCCUGGAGAGGGCGUGGAGGUGUGGAGAGGCCCUGGAUCUCGAGGUUGGAAGCCCUGUUUGCCCAGAAGUUUGGACUGAUAAGUUGCCUGCUGUAGUGAUAUGGUCCUGUUGUGGGUUCAUUUUGGGCUAUAUUCAGUUGGCAGCUUUUGAUGGCUGUGGUAAUAUUGUAACUGAAUUGAAUUUCUUGUAUUCUCCAGUUUUGAUUAAAUUAUUUGUUGUUUAAUUACUGUUA